UGGGAUUAAAGAACAAGAACUUACUCCAAUAGUACCCAGGUAGCAUUUAUUACCCUUUUAGUUUCUAGUUUGCUGCGAGUGUUGAGCACUAAAAACAGCCCCUUCCAACGACCAACCAAACCUAGUGAGUAACGAGUAACGAACAUGGGCACCUUCCUUUGUUUCCUCUUCCUCCUUCUACUACUCACGUACCCACCCUCAACUUCAGCCACAGUCUCACGCAUCACCCACGAAGACCGUUUUACCCUCUCCGCCUCCCUCCACCGCGGCCUCGGCAGCAGAGAGUACGUCGAAGUCAACUACCCCCCGCCGUCUUUGGACCCAACCCCAUCAUGCUCCCACAGGGUCCUCCACCACUCCUUCGGCGACACCAUCAACUCUCCACCGUACUCCACUCCUUACUCCCCUCCACCACGCUGCCCUCCCCCUUGGUCCCGCGUCCUCCUUCACUUCCACGCCUCCUCUCGCGGCGACCAGUACGACCGCAUCGCUGCCAUCUGGCUCGGCGGCGCCGAGCUCUUCCGCACAAGCACCGCCGAGCCAACCGCCUCCGGAAUCUUCUGGAACGUCCGCAAGGACAUCACCAGGUACUCUUCACUCCUUGCCAGGUCCGAUCUCGAACUCACCAUGAUGCUCGAGAACAUAAUUAACAACGAAUUCACCGGCGUUUACCACGUCACGGUUACGUUUCUCUACUACAAUGCAAACUCCGUUAAGGUUCCGUUUAGGCCAUGCGGGGGUGAAGGUCUUACUUCCAAUCGAAGGUCCAGAUCUCUCAUGAAUCGCGAUCCAGUGAUUUCUUUGGACGUAGACGAAUCGCCGGCAGAUUUGAUUAUUCCGAUCGCCGACGAUGGUGAGCGGGGGUUUUGGUUCAAGGUGGAGAACGAAAGGGACUUGCAUUCCAGAAAGAUUCGAAUUCCGCGGAACACGCACCGUGUGGUUCUUGAACUAUACGUGUCGUUUCACGGAAACGAUGAAUUCUGGUACACGAAUCCGCCGAAUUCGUACAUCAUUUCUAACGGUUUAGCGACGGAGCGCGGUAACGGUCCUUACAGGGAAGUUUUCGUGACGAUUGACGGCGAUAUUGUCGCGUGGGAGGUUCCUUUUCCGGUGAUCUUCACCGGCGGCAUCAACCCACUGUCGUGGGCGCCGGUGGUGGCGAUCGGCGCCUUUAAUCUCCCUUCGUACGACAUCGACAUUACCCCGUAUUUGGGGAAGCUUCUCGACGGAAAGGAACACAAGUUCGCAUUAGGAGUAUCUCAGGGCAUUUCAUAUUGGCUAUUGAACGCGAAUCUCCAUGUUUGGUUGGAUCAUGCAUCUAGAGUGGUUCAGGCGAGCUACCCCGCUCGACGGAGCCCUGAAACGAACAUCGAACGGCAAGAAGAGUUUCUAGGGCUCAAUGGCGAGUUUGAGGUUGAAGCAGAGAAAGAAACUAUGGUGACAGGGUGGGUUACUUCAAGUGCAGGGAAUGUGACUACUAGUAUCUCACAAAUGUUCUCGCUAAGAAACUUCAUGAAGUUUCAAGAGGACGGGACAUACAAGAUGGUGAAGCACAAGUUCAAGGCAAAGACGAAGGUGAAGGUAAAGAACAGCCAUGGCGAGAUGAUCGCGAAGCUCAAGGUUAAGCGGAAGUACCCUCUGAGGGUCAUCACAUGGACCGAGCCGAUUUUGUUUGGGGAUGAUGACACUGAUGACGACGAUGACGACGCUGAAGAUGAGAAAAGUUACAGGCUCGUCACCAAUGUUUCUCAUACUCUUGAGCAAAGCUAUGUUAGUUCGUGCAUUUCAAGGUCGAUUGAAAAUAAGCAAGAUUCAAAAGGGUGGAUGGAUGUUAAGGGUCACAAUGUUCUGUCAGGUCAAGCAAACACCAAACAGAAUUAUAGCUAUAUUGAUAGGUUUAAUUGUUACUCUCGCGAUGUUGCUGCGGCUAAUGGAAGGCUUAUUAGAGACGAGUCAAGUGUUAAAUGUGAAAAUUUUGUUAUUUAAUUUUUGCUGCCUAGCUUCUAUUGUAUUGUUUUUGGUCACAAUAUUGAGCAUCUUAUGAAUUAUGAUUAUGAA